UCAAGGAAGUCAACGAUAAUAAAAGCCUUGUGAUGAUACUGCGCAUGUCUGAUUCUAAAGCACUUUUUGGUGAAAUUUCCACUUAAUUACCGCUCUGAUUUAAGGAUCCCUAAAUUUAGACAUUGAGGAAACAACUUUCUACUCAGAACAUUAAACGUUUACCUGAAGUACCGUAUGCAGGUAUGUGUUAUUAUCUGGUUGAGACCGAGUGUGUCUAAGCGGUAAAGAUUUAUUGUAGAAUAAAUGCCUACAUGUAAUUCUUUAGCAGAAAAGUUGGCCAUACAACGUGAAUGAUGUCUCGCUUGUGUUUAAUGAGGAUCACAAAUAAACAAGAGGGCGCAAUAAAGCCGUGUGACGUAGCUUCCGGUUGUUGAUUUGUUUGUCGGGAAUUUUGUGUUUGUGUCUUACACUUUCGUUAUUUUUUUCUCAUCGCAUUCUCUACUUACCGUUUGCUUCGUGUCUUCUCUUUUUUUUAAUUUGUGGAAAUACGCUUUAUUCACUGUUUAAAAGCAGUGAGUGGAGCCCAUUCCUAUCAGAACUACAAACACACACUACAGUAACCACAUUAUGCAGCUGUUUUUAUAUUUAUAACACACACACACACACACUGAACGCUGAAUGCUGCAGCUGUGUAAGAUAACAGACUCGCUGUUCAUCAGCAACGCUCGCUCGGCCUGCAAUAAUGAGCUCCUCCAGAAGGAAUCAGUGACCCUGUGCAUCAACGUGUCCAGGCAGCAGCCGAGUCCUCCAGCGCCGGUCAGCACUCUGCGUGUGGCCGUGUAUGACGACCCCAACGAGGACCUGCAGGCGCACUUCGACCGCUGCGCCGAUGCCAUACUCAGCGUUGAGGCGGGUGGAGGCCGCACCCUCGUAUACUGCAAAAACGGCCGCAGUCGCUCGGCUACCGUGUGCAUGGCCUACCUCAUGAAGCACCGCAGCUUGUCCCUUACCGAGGCGUAUGAGAUGGUGAAAAGUGCCCGAUCAGUGGUGGAGCCAAACCCGGGUUUUUGGGCUCAGCUGGAGCGAUAUGAGCAGGAACUGAAGAUCAGACGAGACCUACCUGAACACAAACGCCUGCAGUUCAGCCCGAUUUCUCUACAGCGACUAUUUCACCGGAAACAAAAUAAAUAGAAUAUCUCUUGAACGAUGUGUAGUUAAUUAUACCUUCACGUACUGUACAUAUUAUUUAUUGUAUUAUACAACCAGAGAUAUCAAAAGUACACACAUCUUUCACUCAAGUAAAAGUGCAGAUACUUAUGUUUUAAAAGACUUUGGUAAA